AUGUGUCAAUCAAAUCGUGUCAGAGACGAGGUUACAGUACCCUUACUCACAAAAAUCCCUCAACACCAGAAACUCCUUUUACUCAAAAAUUACUCUGCUCCUCUCUCUCUAUUUGCAAAUGAAGCAUUCUCAAUCGGAAGAAUCUCUUACCCAUUGGUCCUCACAGGUGUCCUCCUCUACGUUCGCUCCUUCGUCUCUAUGUUUUACCUCAGCCGUCUCGGUAAUCCCACUCUCGCCGGCGGCUCCCUCGCCCUCGCAUUUGCCAACAUCACCGGAUACUCUCUCUUCUCCGGUUUAAACAUGGGAGUCGAAACCAUCUGCUCUCAAUCCUUCGGCGCAAAACGCUAUAACUUCGUCCGGGCAACAAUCCGGCGAGGAAUCAUCCUACUCCUCUUCACAUCUCUCCUUGUUUCACUUCUCUGGAUCAACAUCGAGAAGAUUCUUAAAAUGUUGGAACAGGACAAGGAGCUCGUCUCUGCAGCUCACACCUUUCUGCUUUACUCUCUUCCAGAUCUCAUCGCUCAAUCUUUCUUACACCCAUUAAGAGCCUAUCUCAGGACACAAUCAAAGACUCUGCCUUUAUCAAUCUGCACAGGGGUCGCGAGUGUUCUUCACCUCCCGAUCACCUUCUUCCUCGUGCCGUAUCUCGGUUUGGGGAUUAAAGGCUCCGCCUUGAGUGGGGUUGUGUCAAGUUUCAGCCUUGUGGCCUUUCUCCUCCUUUACAUCGCUUUCUUCGAUGAAAAGCUAAGUAACGACGACGAGGUCGAGGUUUCAGAGGAGGAGACGUUUGACGAUAGUGUGAGAGAAUGGAAGAAACUGCUCGGUUUAGCUAUACCGAGUUGUGCAUCGGUUUGUCUCGAGUGGUGGUGCUAUGAGAUCAUGAUUGUGCUUUGUGGGUGGCUCUUAAACCCCAAGGCAACCGUUGCUUCAAUGGGAAUUCUCAUACAAAUCACUUCCCUUGUUUACAUUUUACCCAACUCGUGGAGCUUCGGCGUCUCGACACGUGUCGGAAACGAGCUUGGUUCGAACCAGCCACAGCGAGCGAGAAGAGCCGCCAUUGUUGGACUAGGUCUCAGCAUCGCUCUCGGGUUCACGGCUCUAACGCUCACCGUCUCGGUCAGAAACGCGUGGGCUCUGCUUUUCACGGAAGAUGAGGAAAUCAUUAAGUUGACUUCGAUGGUUCUACCAAUCGUUGGCCUCUGCGAGCUCGGAAACUGCCCUCAGACGACGGGAUGCGGCAUUCUCCGAGGCUCGGCGAGGCCGAAAACAGGGCUUGGCAUUAACUUGGCGGCGUUUUACGCGGUUGGGAUGCCGGUGGGAUCGGUUCUUGCGUUUUGUUUUGGGUUUGGAUUCAAGGGGCUUUGGCUCGGGAUGCUCGCGGCGCAGAUAUCUUGUGUGAUUGGUAUGAUGUUUGCGACUUGUAGGACUAAUUGGGAAUUAGAGGCAGCAAGGGCUAAGGAGCUCACGGCGGUGGACGGCGGCAGCGACAGCGACAGCGAAGACGAGGAUGUGGAGGUUGGGAAGGUUGAUAAUUUAGGGAGGGAUGAGCCUUUAGGAGUGAUAGAAGAUUGCUCUGUUUGA